AUCACUUCAUUAUAAAACCGUCAGUUCCCAUAUACAGCUAUCCAGUGCUACACAGGAGUUAGCCACGAAUUCAACAUGGUUCUUCAGCAGUGUUUGGCGUGCAACGCAGUGAUAACUGAAUCUUGCCGGUCAUGCGCAUGUGGUCACGUACUCGAAGACGUCAAAGCAAUCGCGGGGAAAAGGUUCUCAGAAUACCGCAUUGAGUUAUAUUCACGCCUAGAAAAUAGGAGAAUAAAACAGUUGGUAAGAAGAAACAAAAAAGCCAGCGGAAAGGAAACUGACCGACAGCCUCUGAAAGAACGCAAGAGCAACCCAAAAGAAUCCUUAGCUGCUACGGCAGUACUUAAAGCCAAGACCUGUCCACUUGGUUCUCAAACAUUUCACCGAAGAAUAAAAGGUAAACGUCUUUCGCGCCCUGUCAACACGCCUUCCAGCGAAACAACUGCUGUGCCACCCGAAUUAGUGUCCAGGCUUCCGAAUGCUCUGCGAGAAAUUAACAGAAGAUUGACAGGACAGAAUUGGAUAUGGUGGACAAUGCAGUUAUCAUAAAAGCUACAACCAGCGGUGAAAGAACCAAGGAGGACAUCAAUAGGAGAACUGGAACCCACGAUGUGAAUAAAGUGUCGCUUUUGGAUAUUAUCUAAUGGUGCAGCAUAAACCAAAUAGCAAUAACUCUGAUUGACCGAUUUCUCGGUCCAAGGCUGGUUUGAGAACAAAAUUUAAAAAACAAAGUGUUAACCGGCUUUCGUGAGAGGAAAGCAAAGAAAGCCUAAGGUUAAAUAAUGAAACUGAGAAAAAAACUACAUCCCAGCCUGACAGACUUCUUGGGUGCUUUGACUGAAAAGAAAAGUCGAAAAAUAUUAAUGCAAACCUUGAUAUGGGUAGAUUUUGUCUAAGUGAGGAGACAACGGAUUUGAUAAAAUGCAGAGGAUUUAUCAAUAGGCUUUAAAGCUGAUGGAUGAUUUGCCGGAAAGACCACACUUUCAAGCAAGGAAGGAAGUUGUCAAGCGUAAAAGCUGUUCCAUCCCAUAGAUAACAAGGAAGUAGUUGAUAUUUUGAGCAAAGCCAAAAAAGGUGUCAUAAGACUCCUGUUUGAUCAUGUUGACAAAUAUUUGUUUCCCCCCAAAAAAAGUUACAUCAGAAAUGUCUCGAAAAUGAAACUUAUGCGAGUCAAAAUAAAAAGUGUGACAAAACGUCUUUAGUGUGCCAGUGAGAUAGUAUGCAAAGA